GUGAAGAAGAAUACCUGGAACAGGAAGAGUUAAAAUAACUCCUGUGUCAUUCUCAACUAUCAGAAUAAACUUUCCCGUGUCUAUGUAUCAUGUAUAUAGAAAAAAGAUGUGUGAAUCGGUGUAGUGGAGAGUGUCAAGAGGUCACAAAGGUAUAAGGAAGACUCAGGUUACCAAGAUGAAUCCUAUGGAGAAACAGAAUCAUUCUGCAGUGAUUGAGGUGACUGAAUUUAUUCUCCUGGGGAUCACCAGCAAUCCUGGGCUACAAGCACCUCUCCUCGCAAUCUUCCUCAUCAUAUAUUUGAUCACAGUGACAGGCAAUCUGGGCAUAGUUAUCUUGACCCAUUUGGACUCCAAGCUAAAUACCCCCAUGUACUUUUUCCUUAGACAUCUGUCAAUUACUGAUCUUGGUUACUCCACUGUCAUCGGCCCAAAAAUGAUGGUAAACUUUGUGGUGCACAAAAAUACAAUUUCCUACCAUUGGUGUGCCACCCAGCUGGCAGUCUUUGAGAUUUUCAUCAUCACCGAACUGUUCAUUCUUUCAGCAAUGGCCUAUGAUCGCUACGUAGCCAUCUGCAAACCUCUCCUCUACGUGGUCAUCAUGGCAGAGAAGGUGCGUUGGGCGCUGGUCCUUAUUCCUUAUUUCUACAGCACAUUUGUGUCGCUCUUUCUCACAAUCAAAUUAUUUAAAUUGUCCUUCUGUGGCUCUAACAUUAUCAGGUAUUUUUACUGUGACUGCCUUCCUCUCAUAUCCAUGCUCUGUUCAGACACACAUGAAUUAGAAUUGAUCAUUUUAAGUUUUUCAGGCUGUAAUCUGCUCUCUUCCCUCUUGAUUGUUCUUAUAUCCUACAUGUUUAUUCUUGUGGCCAUCCUCAGAAUGAACUCAACCGAGGGGAGAUACAAAGCCUUCUCAACCUGUAGUUCCGUGGUGGUGGUCGUGUUCUAUGGGACAUUAUUGUUUAUUUACCUGCAGCCCAAAUCCAGCCAUACUUUUGAUAUUGAUAAGAUGGCCUCUGUGUUUUACACCUUGGUGAUCCCUAUGCUGAAUCCAUUGAUCUACAGCUUAAGGAACAAAGAAGUAAAAGAUGCUCUGAAGAGAAUUUUAACCAACCGAUGCAAAAUUCCCACUUAA